AUGAGCCUUCAGCUCCAGCUGAAGUACUCCCAGAAGAAACUGGGGUCUGCAGCGGAUGCAGAGCUUGGAGGGAGGGGCGUCUCUUCAACUUCACCAGGCAUUGACGCGAACCCCACCGGUGGCCUCGAACUGGGUCCUCACCGUGCUCGCUCCAGUUCACGGCAACCAGUUGACCGUGCGUUGAUGCGAGAAAUCCGCACCUUGCUCUCGCUCUUGACCAAAUCGCAGCAGGUCACGACACCUCGGCCGCGGACACCAUCGCCCAGCGGAUCAAGGCCCUGGAGCUGGGGACGGGCCCAGCACAUGGAGCUUCUGGAUCCGAGGGCGCGACCCUGCGAGUUCUGGGCCAAGGGCGAGGAAGAGGAAAGCGAUGCGCCGCUGGCCAAGGCCGAGAUACCAUCUGAGCCAGAUUGUCCUCCCCUUGGCAACACCGAUGGCGUGAUCACAGACGGUGGGUUGGACUUCCCCAUCGGCGACCUCGGACGGAGCGAUGAUGAGAGACUGCCUACGGGCUUUUCCGUUGCCUCCUACAAGGCAAAAGACCAAGUUGAGGAAUGCGUUGGGCAAGCGCCCGCCGUCAGAGCAACGGGCAAACUCUUGUGGCAAGCCGCGGCGUCGUUGCAGUCGGCCCUUGGCAUUUUUUGCCGUGACCACUGUCAUCCGGAGAGGCUGCCUCCGGGCGCCAAGCUGACCUUGACAACGGCACGGCCGCAGGCGGACGUUCUGCCCAUUCACCCUGCUCUGAUCCAACCUGGUCCUCGAUUCGGAGGACCUCCAGUCGGCGUUCAACUUGUUCAGAAUGCCGAAGGUUUGACAUCCGUUCUUUGCGUUCGUGCAAAAAGUAAAGAUGCUCUGGGAGUAUCCAGUAGCGAGAUGCUGCGUCCGGCCCUCACGGCCAUCAGGCACAUCGCGUACAGCGUCGCGAAGGUGCCAAGCCGAGGAGACGUGAGGAAGGACGCCCCUCUCCCUGACGAAGACAGCCACACCAUUCUCUACCUGGACAACUUCGAUGAGAUCCGAUACCUCAAGCGGGAGAUCGCGGAGGCAUCUGAGGGCGUGACUUCCCCCAACCAUGAGAAAUUCAUUGAUUCCUGUGAGUCGCUUGGUCUUCCUCGAAACCUUGGGAAGCAACUCAGCGGAUCCCUAAGAGGUACCCUCCAAGGAGGAGAGAUCAUCAGAGACCGCCGCAUCCUGCGCGACUCCUAUGAGAAGUCGGUGGAGCUCCUGGACUUGUCCCUGGGGCUUGUACCGAUGGAUGGGAUCACUGAAUUCUGCGUGAGACACUGGACGGGCAAAGCAGCCUUCGCCGCGGCAUUCCGCCGACCACUUUACUCGAUCUUGCAGGAGGUGUACGCGUUGUUCGAGUGGGUCAAGGAUGCCAAGAGGGUGGAGCUGCCGCCCCCGGUGGUCGAUAUGGUGUUAUGCUUUGCCUCUCUGCUGCCUUUUGCAGAAACGGACCCACCAAGGCGAGUGCGUUCGCAGUACGCUGCAGGCUCCAAAGUUCGGCCCCUCCUGGUAGAAGCGGACCGCGAGACAUUCAGCUUGGCUCAAGGCAAAGGCAAUGCCAUGGCCAAGCGUUCAAUUCGUGGGCUCCUUGAUGCUGAUGCCAAUGGGCGAGGCGCAAGUGGACCUCCCUGGUGCACAUUCGAUACCGAGAGCGAAGCCGAGUAUCCGUGGGAUAUGUGUGUGGUAUUCGCUGAAGCUGUUGCCGACGAGUUCUCGCGGAGGUUCCCCGAGCCCUGUGGUGUUCGUGCCCUUACCUUGGACCACGAACUGAAAGGAGCGACCCGCGGUCUCCAGCACAAGGGGGCCGCAAGGUUGGCGGUCAAGCAAGUGGUAGAGCUUCUGGACUCCAUGGAUCAGGGCCAGGCCAGCCGGCCCUGUCCAUACCCAGCAUUCCGCUGGCUCUGGAGGGAUGUGCUGAGCUAUCGUUGGAAGCAAGAGCAGCGCAUCAACAUCCUCGAGGUGGCCGCCUUUCUCGCCGAGCUGCGAAGGAGAACCAGAGAUCCUUCCGAGCAUGGCUUCAACAUCCUCGACUCCCUUGUCGCCUUCUACGUUCUUUCGAAAGGCAGGUCCUCGUCGGGCUGCCUGAACCGACUUUGCCGCCGAGUUACCGCCAUCAACAUUGCCGCUGCCGUGCUCCCCAUUUCUUUGUGGACCAUCUCCAAGUGGAAUUUCUCCGAUGGUGCGCUUCCUCCAAAUCUGGUGGAGCUGGAUGAAGAGUUGGCCGAGUGCAUUGAUCACUUGUUUCAAGAAGGAGAUCACGUCUCCCUGGGCGGUUGGACCAUUAGCAGACUUCGACGCUUUUUCCCGAGGUGUCGGCUUCAUCUUACAACUGCCCAGCUUUUCUACAGGAACUGGCAAAGGGUACACCUCCCGAGGCGCACCGCUCCGAUGUCAUGGUUGGGGGCCAAAGCUAUGGCAGCGGCAGCUUUUCAUGUUCAUCGCCGGGAUCUUGCGAUCAUGGUGCUGCUAGGCUUUGCCUUCUUUUUGCAAAAUCUUCACUGGCGCAAUGGCAUCUUUCCGUACUUCUUUUGCGGCACUGGUGCGGUCUAUUGGGUUGGACCCUGUGGACUAUCUUCCAUACUGUUUGCGCCGCGGUGGGGCAACCCACUUCUACCAGCAAACUCAAUCGCUGGGUCGGACUAUGGCUGGUCCAGGGACGCUGGAAAGACCAAUUUACUGCGCGUAUGUAUGUGGAUGAUGCCCGAGCUACGCUUGUCCAACUUCAACUGCCCGCCCACGUCUCCACCCUUCAGCGCCGUCUGGCUUCUUCUUGGCGAGUCGCUUCGCGAGGUUGACUUGCAAUGGACAAGUUGGGAAUGGACGUUGGGUGCUGGGUGGACAGGUUGCUCAAAGCCGGUGGGAGGCGCCUCCUACGGGAGAGAUGAGGCCACGGCACUGCUCAGUGGCCUGUCGUCGAACUUGGCUUGCGUCAAAUCGGUCAAGAGUGCGCUUGUUAUUAUGCCUCCUGCGCAUGUGUGGGAGCCGAUUCAAGAGAUCCGGCGUAGCCGGGAUAAAGGCUUUUUUCGAUGGAUGCCUCAUAUCAAUGUGCUCUACCCUUUCGUAGAGGACACUGGUGACUGCUUUGCCGAUGCCGCCAGCAAGGCACGUGAGGUCCUGAAAGAGGUGGAGCCGUUCACCUUGGAGCUGCAACAUUUCCACUUCUUCCAGCACAGUCGAAGAAGCUGCACUGUGUGGCUUAGGCCUGGCCAUGGCAUGCAGUCGAUGGCGGCAGACAAGGGUGAGACGGACCAAGACUGCUUGGAUGUGCAUGAGCUUCAUGCGAGGCUGCUGAAGUCGUUUCCGUUCUGCGAUGACUUGUCAGACGACCCGUCACGUGGAAUCAACCGUUUUGCUCCCCAUCUCUCUGUCGGCAGCUGGCGCGGUGCCCAGGAGGCAGCAGCGGCGACAGCAAGCCUGGAGAAGAGCUGGUCGCCAGUCUGCUUCCCAGUAACCUCUGUGUACCUCAUCAGCCGCCGUGGCUACAAUGAGCCUUUCCAAGUGCGCUGGUCUGUUCCACUGGGUCCAGGGCCGGCAGCUUCAGACGAACUGAACCUUCGCUAUGUGGCACGUGGCGAGAGCUCGAAUGGCAAGGACACCUGGGAGUUUGGCAGGAAGAGGGCAGCCGCCAGCUACUCUCAGAACAUUCCUGGAGAGCAGCCCUGGGCACUGCUUCCAGCCGUGGAGCCGAGCCAACGCGUCCCCAAAUUGGGGGCCUCACCUGACUUGAGCAAUGGUGUGGCGAUGGUCCAGCAGACAGCGGUAACGAAGUACGAGACCGCAAAUGCUUGGAAGGAAGAAGACCCAGCUGGUACGAGAUUUGGGACGUCAGAGAAAGUGGCAGCAGGUUCGUGGAUGAAGACACACGGGUUGCCUAAUUUGCGGGGAGACGGUACCAAGCAUGCUGCUGCCCUUUUCCUCGUGGAGUGGGACCAGCAGCUGCCCGACCUUCGUGCCUGCAAUGCUUGCGCACAGGCUUUUGCCCGGAGCGGGCGCUGGGAGGAAAUCUUGGAGCUGCUGGAUUGUAUGGGCCGAGCCGAACUGCAGCCCGAUGCAGUCACCGCCACGGCUGCAGUAAGCGCCUGCGGCAAGACCGAGAGGCUUGGGGCUUGUUGUGAUGGAUUUCUUGAGAGCAGGCGCAACCGUCUUGUCGCAGAUGCUUGGCUCCUUGCCGCCGCUGCUUCAGCUGCUGCAGCCGCGGGCGCCUGGGAGGCGUCCUUGACGUUCAUCAAUGAAAGCCGCAUGGCAGUGAUCCUUUUAAAGGUCAUUUCGGCUUGCGAAAGAGGGGACCAGUGGGAACGAGCUUUGAGUCUAUUGCAGCAGAUGAAGACAGAGGGCGUGCAGCCAAACGUUGUCACGUACAACACAGCGAUGACUGCUUGUGAGAGAGGCAGUCACUGGCCCGGCUCCUUGGAGCUGUUUGCGGAGAUGAAGGACUGUCAUAUCAUGCCAACGGUUGUUUCUUUUGGAGCGGCAAUCACCGCAUGUGGGCAGGGCCAGUCAUGGGAGAGAAUUCUCAGUUUCCUGGCGGAGAUGACGGCGAGCGACAUCCGAGCGAAUCGUGUGAUUUGCAGCGGUGCAAUGGAUGCCCUAAGCGCAGCAAGUCAGUGGCUGCUAGCCUUGAUCUUGUGGGAUGAUCUUCGAAGCGGAGCUGGACAUCAAGUUGAUGCAGCUGCGUUCAGCGUUGCCAUGGGUGCUUGGGCAAGCGGCUCCCAUUGGCAACAG